AUUGCCCAUUCAACUCCAUCGUCGCCCAGACAGAAGCGUCACUGCGCAGGCCGUUCCAAUCCAUUCCACCCUUCCAAAUCCAUCCAUCCCGUUCCGGUUCCGGCUGGGUUGGAUCGAUUGCUGCCAUGAAGAAGGUUGUGCUGAAGCUGGACUUGCACGACAACAAGCAGAAGCAGAAGGCCAUCAAGGCCGUCUCCACCCUCCACGGUAUCGACGAGAUCACCGUGGAUAUGAAGGUGCAGAAGAUGACGGUGGUGGGCACCGUUGACCCGGUGGACGUCGUGGACAAGCUGCGCAGCAAGCUCUUCCCCACGGCGCAGAUCUUCUCCGUCGGCCCCGCCAAGGAGGAGAAGAAGGACGGCGAAAAGAAGGAAGGUGACAAGAAGGAUGAGGACAAGAACGUGGUGUACCCGCCGUACUGGUACCCGCCGCCGCCGUACUACUUCGCCCACCAGGACGACCCCAACUCCUGCGCCAUCCUCUGAUCGACGCGCGCGCCGCCGAGGAGGAGGAGGAGAUUACACUGUACAUAUUGUGCAUAGUUUAGCUGGAGUGCCUGCCGAUCGACCGGGACUCAGCAGCGUACCCGUACCGACCACGGUGAUCGACGGCGUGUAUCGUGUGUUAGAGCAUGUCUAACAGACCCCUUAAAUUUUCGCCCCGUAUAACACGAAAAAAUGGCCCCGUAUUCCAUUUCGAUCGGCCGAAAA